AUGGCAAGGAGCAACCGCCGAAAGUCACUUCGACUAAGCAAAUCGAGACGAGCUGUUGUGGGAAUAUGUUUGCAUGUUUUCAUAAACAAAGUUUUGUUUUCAGUAAUUGUUAUUGUUGGUUUGUUUGCAGAUGAAGAUUGGUAUUUGCCCAAGGAAUUUCUGUUUGAUGACAUUUUCAAUGAAACAUUCAAGCCCAAGCACUAUGACUUGCAGUGGCUGUCCGGGAGUAAAUAUGUGCACAAGGAUAACUACAAAAACAUUAUCUGGAAGGAUUUGGAGACAGAGGAGUCUGGUGUUCUCAUCACAAAUAGGACCUUGAGUGAAGAGGAUGCCACUAAAUUCUGGGUGAACUCAGACAUGACCUACAUCUUGCUGGCAUGUAACAUCAAGAAUCUAUAUCGCCAUAGCUUCUAUGCCCAGUACAAGCUGUAUAAUCUCGAAAAGGGAGCAUCAGUUGGUCUGACUGCCCCAGGGUUGAAGGAACCGGUUGAUUUACGAUAUGCAGCUUGGGCACCAGUGGGCUCUGGCUUGAUAUACGUGUACAAGAACAACAUGUACUACCUAGACUCCAUACCGUGGGGCGAUGGGAAAGUACCCAUCGGCGACACAGCAGUGCAAGUCACUCAGACUGGAGAAGAAGGGGUCAUAUUUCAUGGUAUCCCUGACUGGGUCUAUGAGGAAGAGCUCCUGAGUAGUGACAAUGCCAUCUACUGGUCCCCUGAUGGUACCAAAAUCGCCUAUGCAUCCUUCAACGACAGCAAGGUAGACAAAGCCUGGUACCCCAAGUAUGAGAACCUGCGCUACAGCAAGCUGGAAGAGUUUGGUUAUCCCAAAGCGGGCUAUGAGAAUCCAACCUUUUCCCUCCAAGUCACAAGCACUGCCAAUUUUAACAACCCAGUCACUCUAGUUCCUCCAGGCAGCAUCAGUAAUAGGGAUUAUUACUACCAACAUGUAGUCUGGGUCAACAGUGACAUAAUUGCGGUGACUUGGCUGAACCGGCCACAGAACUACUCUGUGCUGACACUGUGCCGCGUGGAUUCCGGAAACUGUCAAAUUAGCUAUGAGUUUGAGACACCCGGUGGAUGGGUUGUUGAUCGUGGAGCACCCAAAUUUUCUGAGGGAUCAGAUCAGAUAGACUAUGUCAGAAUACUACCCCAGAGAGAGGGCUCACACGGCAACUAUUACCACGUUGCACUCGUGACUACAGACCAGUCACCUGGCAAAGUGACCUUUUUGACUCAAGGUCGUUGGGAGGUCACAUCCAUUGUUGCUUACAGCCAAUCAGACAAGUUAGUGUACUACAUCAGUACGGAGAGAUCCAUUCGUGGGAGACACCUGUAUAGCGUGACCACCGAGAAGCCGUUCACACGUACCUGCCUAUCCUGCGAUCUCAAUGUAAACUGUACCUACUACGAUGCCUCCUUCAGUCCUGACAAAUCCUGGUACAAGCUGAACUGUCUUGGACCCCACAUCCCACGCACCACGUUGCACCAGACGGGCACCGACAAGGUGCUGGUGGUGGAGACUAACAAGGUUUUGACCCUGGCCCUGGAUGGCAAAGCCUACCCCAACAAGACCUUCCUGGAGGUGCAAGUCGGCGAGUACACCCUCCCCGUUCAGCUCUGGCUCCCGCGGGCGUUGGACAAAAAACGGAAGCACCCGAUAUUGGUCCACGUCUACGGCGGGCCGGGGUCCCAGAUGGUCAACGAUCGGUUUGAGCUGGGCUGGAAUGCCUACCUGUCCAGCAAGUUCUACGUUAUUGUGGUUAACAUUGAUGGUAGGGGCUCAGGGUUUCAAGGAGAGAGGCAUCUCUACCAGAUUUACAAACGGUUUGGAACGGUUGAAGUUCAGGACCAGAUGAUAGGGGUUCGGCAUAUUCUGAAGAAGUUUGAAUACAUCAAUAGCACCAAAAUUGGGAUUUGGGGAUGGUCUUAUGGUGGGUUUGCCGCUGCUAUGGCCCUCAGUCGCAAUGAUGACAUCUUCAAGUACGCCAUAUCUGUGGCCCCAGUCACAGACUUCAGAUAUUAUGAUUCCAUCUACACUGAGCGCUACAUGGGUAUCCCUGAGUCAUGUGACAAUAUGGAAGGAUACAAGCACACCAAUUUGUCAGCAAGAGCCAAGAAUUUGAAAGGAUUAAACUAUUUCCUCAUCCAUGGAACUGCAGAUGAUAACGUCCACUUUCAGAAUUCAGCUGAUUUUGUGCGGGCUCUGGUGCAGGAGGAAGUCGUCCACAGAACACAGUUCUAUCCCGACCAGCGACACUUUUUGGAUGACCCCCAUGUGGAGCGCCACCUCUUCGACAUCAUGUCAGCCUUCGUGAACACGAGCAUAGAAAAGAUGUACCAGAACACAGAACUGCACGCAUCGUGAACAGAGAUCGUUGCAGGCUCCCUCUCUACGCUCUGUUUACAUGUCGCUUCUCCUCCUUGUAUAUUUUGAAUUGAGGCUUGAAUGUCCAUGGAUAGUCUGGAAGUUCGCUGGGGAAAAUUUAACAGCGCCUGACAAAAAACUGGAAAUAUAAUACAGCACCGUUGACAGUCAUAUUAAGCACACCCUGGACAUACUGGACUUCAUCAAUGGAAUACUGCAUUUUGCAGCUGUUGUGAAGGGCUUUUAUGAAGUUCCUAAUGCCCUGUCCAAUCUGAGGCCUACUUUGCUGAUGUUGUGAAAACACAACCUCUAACUGGAGGUUGUCUUCUUUAAAGUCCUCCAGUAACAGCAUGCAACAGCAGGGCUUAAUUUUCUGGCUUUACGUUACACCUGGGAAGAAAUUUUGUUCUCUUCACCCCAAGGUUUGUUAGUGAGGGGCCAAGUUUACGAAGCAACUAAGCACAGCAAUUCUGAAUGCUGAAAAUAAUGAAGGGUAACCAGCUAAAACAUCAUGCAGUGUGUUUUUCUUUUGACUGGUUCCCAGUCCAUUUUGCAAUACUUAAAGCUCAACUGUUCUACAUAUUGACCCCACAAAAGCAUGUCAAGACUCAAAGCAGCUUUCUUGUGCUGAGGCAUGAUGAAUUUUGAACAGAAAUCUCUACCGUAACUUCAGCAUACUCUAAAUCAAGUCAUUACUUUUCCCCCCACAUGCAAAUUUUGAAGUGUCGUGGAUGGAGAAGUAAAGCAGCCAGGAUUUAGACCUCGGUCUCCUGGCGUUCGUGUUUAUAAGGAUGGUACUGCCCUCAAACCCUCUGAACUCCUAGUGUUCGCUGAGAGUCCUAAUUUCUCUGGAGUUAAGUGGCCUUGUUCAGAAGUAUACAUACAGGCGGGACUACCUCUUUGUGCACUGGUGCAUAUGCAAAUGAACAGAAUGUCAGAGGUCAGUAGAGCAAUCAAUCCAUUUUGUGUGGGCAGCCAAAGUUUGCAGAAAGUUCAUGCUUGAUUGACAAGACCCUUUGUGUUAAAGUGCACAUUUUGUUUUAUUUAGGGGCAUUGAAAUGAAGCAUUCAGUAGGUUUUAUUAUAGUGUUUGUCUGACUUUUGUUUUUAUAUUUUGUAAAUUAUUCUUUUAGUUUUAUACUCAUGGCUAGUUAGCUAGUGGCUUUCCAUUAAUGCACAUGUUUUUCCCAGCCUCGUUUCGUCUAAAUCAACUGGUUGUGGCUGAGAGUACCACCUGUGCCUAUGUGAAACAGCCACAGCCAGUGGCUUUUCACUGAUGCAAGUGUGAUACUUUCAAUCCCAGCCAUAGUUUUCGGUUCUGUGUAAAUCAACUGGCUGCAGCUAGGAGUAGCACAUGUCUAUGAGAAAUGGCUGUAGCCAACGCCAUAGAUAUAUAUGUGUCAGAUUUUUUGCCACAGCAAGUAGAUUUAGACACCGUUGGACUAUCACCGCUGUGAUUGAACUGGCUCUUUUGUUGUGUGCUUUCUCAAAUUCUUGCAAACUUGAAAUGAGCAAAGCUGUCAUUAAAUUCUCUUUCACUUCAACAGAACUUCCAUUUUGAGGGGCAUUGCGUUGAUAGUUCUUCAAAAUGCCUUUUACAUAUUUUCUGGUUCUACAAAUACUGUAACUGAACACCGAGUCCUGUUAAAAUGUUUUUUCUUCUGCUGUUAAAUUAAUUUGUAACAUUCCGGCUGUACAAAGUGUAUGAUAUAUUUGUACUUUAUGAACUGUACAUAUUGCCUGUAUGCAUGACCAUUUUUAUGCUAAAAAGCACAAGAAUUAAAGUUUAUCAAAUUAUGGUUUAUUUUGUUUUUUAAAAAUUGGUUGAAGUGGUUUGUUUGUUUUAUAAAUUUUAAGUACCCAGAAACUAUUUCUUAGUUUAGAACCCCAAAAGCUCCUUUGUGAUGAAGGUGACCUGAUGUACAUGUACCAAGUAAGUUUAAUGAAACUAGCUAAAGAUAAGUAAUUGGUCCAUUCACAGCUAGUGGUAAAAAUGCAAACAAAAUGUCAGAAAGCCAGUCUAAACUCUUGUUGCUUGGCCAAAUCUCACCUUCAUUGGUUUGUGAAUAUUCUUAAAUAUAAACGUGAACGGUGUGUGAGAACCAGUGCAAGAGAUUUUCACUUGCCAAUCACUGUAAAGUUACACAGAAACCAUUCUCAUUUGUUGUGUCCCGAUGCAUCGUGACAAAAGUUUAGUUUUACAAAUCACUCAAACGUACUAAAGUUAUCUGGAAAUGUUUUUGUUUUAUAUUUGAUCAAGUUGUGAAAUGCUGUGGAGACUUUCCUCAUCUUUUUGUGUCGGUGUUAUUUAUACUAUGCCUCGGCCCAGUGUCAGUUAAAUACCAUAGGCUCAUUAUAUUUCAGUGUAUAACAUCCAAAAAUUCAAGAGGUUUGUUAAAUGUAACCUGAAAGUUCUAUUCCAAUUCAUGUAUAUCAACAAAUGUUUUAUUUUUUGAUAUUUUUUACUUGUAUGGUUGAAUCUAUGUGCAUGUUAAUAUAAUUGUGGACAAGCGAUUAUAGUACAUGUACAUUGGGAUCAUUUUCUACAAAAAAAUCCUGCAGCAAAUUCAUAUAACAUGUAUCUCCAAACACCCACCAGUAUUUGGAACAGUUGCAAAAUACAUGUACUAAUAUCAAAAAAUGAAAGAAAAUUGGAGUGUUAUAUUGAGAGGUUGUGGGUUCACAUCAACCCAACCCAUUUUUUUAUCCAUGCUUAAAUGUAUUGUUAAUAAAGCAGGUGCCAUAUUUAAGAUGGGAUAAUAGUCUAGUAUGUGGACUCUGAACUGAGAGGCUGUUGGUUCAAAACCAACCGAAAUCUUUUUGUGUCAUAUUCUAAUCCAAAGAUAACUACAUUGCCCAAAUAUUUCAUUGAUGACAGACCGAUAUGGUUCCUUGAAAGGGCACGUUUUUUUGUCUUUGUAAUGUAUGAAAUGAUAGAACAUACAAACACAUUUGAUUCAGAAGAGUAAGUUGCCCAAUAGCAGGACUUACUUUUAGAAAAUCCCGGGGUAGUGGGUUCAAAACCAACCAAUGCUUUUGUCGUCUUGUCUAUUUAUUCUAAGGGUUAAGUGAAAGGUAGUUCUUUAUAAAGGUUGGGUUAAUACUUGGUAAAUUUAAAAAUCCUUAGAUAUAACUUGCUUAUAACAUUCAAUUCAUUAGAAAACAAGGUAACAGUGAAUUUCAUUAUAUCAGCUUUGUUCUGUGUAUUAAGUUUGAGUAAUUAUUCAACUGAUUACCAUUUAUAAGCGCCGUGAUUUAGUUUAUUAAAAAGAGCAUUAAGAAUGCUGGUUAUUAUUUUACCAUCCAGUCGUGUCCAUGAUUCAUGCCAUUGUUAACUCAAAUUGUUAUAAAUGAUGCUGCCUACAUGUCAGAGGCACCUGCUGAAUAUAAUUGAAGAAUGUAGCGUACUUCACACCGGUACUUGGGAACAAUUUUGAAAAGUGUCCUUGCUUGUGUUCCUAAAUAAAUUUAAACAUAUUCCGCCAAAGUUGUGACAACAUGUAAAACAAUCAUUCAAGGGUUUUUUAGUGAUGACAGAUUUGUUUGUAAAUUUUUUUUUUAAAUCAGUUACUAAUUUCUGACGCUGACAUGAUUAUCCAACAAGGGUUCUUUAUAUACACAUGAAAUAAAUACAAAUGCACAUUCUUUAAAUGUAGCUCCACACAGUUUCUGUAUGUACAGUAUAUUUUGGAGAUAUAUCUGACUUUCUUUUACUUUAAACAGUGAAUCAAAACAUUACAGAGACAUGUUAUCUUCUAAUACAACUAUAUUGAAGCAAAUGCCCCUUUUCAAAAUAAUCAGCAACCGAUCUGUAUGUACGUAGGUAAGUCGUCUAAAAAGGUCCAUAAUUUUGUUCACCAACUUUGCCACAGUUCAUCUCUUAGAUGAGUAACAAAAAGGAAACAUUUUUACAGCAAGGAUAAAGAUUGAUAAACUUGAAAAACGUCUCUAAAUUCACAUUAAAUAAUGUACACUUUUGUAAGAAGUCAUUCAAAUCAUAACACAUUUUGGAGAAUAUAAUGCCCAUAAUACAGUUCUUUUCAAUUACUGCCCGUGACAAAGUUUUCCUUUUUUGACUUGUGAAGCAGGUCAUUGGCCUCAAAAACUUCUGAUCUCAAAAUUCCCUUUACUGGAUGUAGAGUAAGACUUGUUCUUGUGAACAAUUUUAAUUUUUUUUUCCAGUUACUUCAUUCAACAUUGUCAUUGUCCUAAGUUGCGGUCUGUGUCUUUGACCUUUUGUAUGUGCAAAUACUUACACGGUUCUGGAUUGAAAUAAAGCAAUCCUUUAUGAUAAAAACA